GGUUUUCCGUCACUCCAGAUAGCCCGGCAAGCUUAUGGAGAGCACCAUGCACAAACAAUAUGUCCCGCGGGCACGGCAGAGGGGUUGUAGAUCUGCUUAUCACGCAUGAUCUACAAUGGACUGUGGGACGGACCUACCCGAUUGGGUAUGUGGGAGGAGUCCUACCAUAUGAAGGUCACUUCAACGGGCGCGGAUGGGCGAACGACACCUGGAGUAUAAGAGGUCGUCGUACAGGACGAGAUAUCUGGCUGGAUAUGUCGUAAUCGUCGGCUCCUUUACCAUCUCUCCUGCCACCCCAGCACAUUCGACAACAUGAAGUUCUUUCGCGCAGCUCUAUUCGUUGCGCCCCUGGUUGCUGGCGUGCAAGUUGACAGACGGGGCAGGGAGGUAUACGAUGGCUACAGGGUCUUCCGCGUCAUAACCGAUGGUGACCCAGCAGAGUUCGAGGCUCAGCUUCAUUCUUUGUCUGCCAUCGAACUAUCCCGUAAUCAUGGCCAUCUGGAUACGCACCAUUUCGAUAUAGCCGUCCCCCCCGAGAGUCUCGAUGCAUUUGACGCCCUCAACUAUGAGGUUGAGACGCUGACAGAAGAUCUCGGGGCAGAAAUUGCCCUAGAAGGGGAAUUAGAACCAUUUCCAGGCUUAGAGUCAACCGUGUCAACCGCCAAUGUCGGUGCUGCCGCUGCUCUUCCAAGCUUCUCGUGGUUCAGUGCCUACCACCCGUAUGCAGACCACUUGACGUUUUUGAGAAGCUUGCAAGCUGCAUUCCCAUCCAACUCCGAAUUGAUCACUGCUGGCACCUCUUUUGAGGGGAGAACGAUCCAAGGCAUCCACCUUUGGGGCAGCGGUGGUAAAGGCUCUAAGCCAGCCAUCUAUUAUCAUGGCAACGUCCACGCUAGAGAAUGGGUUACUUCAAUGACUGUCGAAUACAUUACCUAUCAGCUCAUCAACAACUACAGCAAUGACACUGCCAUUAAGGCUGUCUUGGACAACUACGACUUUUACAUCUUGCCGAUCGUCAACCCAGAUGGUUUCGUAUACACACAAACCACAACUCGACUAUGGCGUAAGAAUCGGCAGACGCGUUCAGGUACCUCUGCAGUGGGAACUGAUAUAAACCGAAACUGGCCUUAUCAAUGGCAAGGUUCAGGUUCCUCGUCAAGCCCGGGUUCAGAGACCUAUCGUGGAGCAGCACCAGGAGAUACCCCCGAGAACACUGGAAUCCCAUAUGGAGAUAAGCUUGGAGCUGGAAAGGGUAUCAAGUUAUACAUCGACUGGCACAGCUACGGUCAAUAUAUCCUACUGCCCUACGGUUUCUCCUGUUCGGCGCAAGCACCCAACCAGUCCAAGCAGAAUACUCUGGCGAGCGGUGUACGAUCAGCAAUCGCGGCAGUCCAUGGGACUCGAUUCACAGCGGGACAAACGUGUUCUACACUGUAUGCUACCAACGGUGGUAGCAAUGACUACUUUACCGACGUGACUCCGGCAGAGUUUGCCUGGGCAAUCGAACUACGAGAUACUGGUUCGAACGGCUUUACUCUCCCCGCCAACCAGAUUAUUCCAUCCGGCGAAGAGUCAUGGGCAGGUCAGAAAUACCUCUGGGCGAACUUCUGAGAUGGCUCGGUGAUACUGGGACAAUGCCAGGGCCAGAGACGGCCUUCUACUAAAGUAAUGAUUACCA